AUGGAUGAGAGAUUUGUUUUGAGAAAUCUUAUUUAUUUAGUGGAUAGCCAUACUCAAUCUUUGGGAAGACAAUCCAUAAGUUCCACACCUUCCAGUCAUGCAAAGAGCGAUCCUGCAUGGGAACACUUUUCUUCGAGUCAUGACAUGGACGGUAAAAUUUGCUUCACAUGUCUUUAUUACAACAAUAGCUUUAAAGGUGGGGGAAUUAAUAGAAUGAAGUAUCAUCUUGCUAGAAUUAAAGGCCAAAUAUCACAAUGUAAGAAUGUUCCUUUUGAUGUUAGGGUUAAAUUUCAAGGAAUUCUUAAGGACAUAUCUCAAAAGAAACAAGAGGCUAAAGAGACUCGUGACUAUACGUUUGAGGAAAUUUUUAUUGAUCUAGAAAUUGGAGGAGAGGAAAUAGAAAAGGAAAUUCAAGAAAUAAAUAAACCAUUACCAAAACAAAGACAAGAAAAAGCGAAGAGAAAAGCAAGUGAAGGGAUUGAAACAUAUUUUGCUCCAAGGACUACUCCUGGAUCCCAACCUAGUUUGAAGAGUGUUUUAGCUGGAAAACAAGUAGUGAAGAGAGCCCAUACGUGUUGGGCUAGGUGGUUUUAUGAUGCUUGCAUUCCAUUUAAUGCUUUGCAAUCACCUUACUUUCAACUCGCUUUAGAUGCUACUGCUGCAAUUGGCCCAAGAUUUAAAGGUCCAUCUUAUAUUGAUGUUCGUGUUAAUUUGUUAAGAGAUUGUAAAAAAGAAUGUCAAUUACUAGUGGAUACUUAUCAAAGCCAGUGGAUAAACAAUGGAUGUACAAUUAUCGCCGAUGGUUGGAGUGAUCAAAGACAUAGAACCUUAAUUAAUUUUUUAGUAUAUUGCUCUUCUGGAAUUGUAUUUGUGAAAUCUUUUAACGCAUUAGAUGCUGUGAAAGAUGCCCAAACAUUGUGUAACUUGUUUUCUGAGGUAGUUGAAUGGGUUGGACCUCGUAGUGUUAUUCAAAUGAAAGUAGAAGUCAUACAAGACCUCUUCAAUUUACUUGAGAUCAAAAACAUUUGUGAUGAUGAGACAAAAGCAAUGGGAGAGAUAAGGAUGUAUCAAGUCGGGAAGGAAGUUUUGGGAGACAAUCUACAUGUAAUUCUAGAAAGUCGUUACAACCUACUUGUCGACUCGAAGAAAGAGAACCUGAAGAAAGCAUUCGAAGAUUUACAAUCGCAUUCUUCGGCUUUGUCCUCCUUUAAUUUCACAUGGUCAGACCUUGACUCGUAUUUUACAUCCAUUCAGUCAGACUUGCUCGAAAAGUUUUCGACCAUCCAGACGCUCGAAUUGUCGCAGUCGCAAACCCAGAAACUUAAACGCAAGAAACUGAAAGAUUCGCUCUCGGCGGACCCGAUUCCGGCCCGAGCGGAAUUGAAGUUACUUUGUGAGAAGAUGGACGGAAUGGGAUUGAGGAAGUAUAUAAUUGAGCGGCCCAGGGAACGGACCGCUAUCCGGGUCGAGCUGCCAGACGCGUGGAAGAGUGCCGCGGACCCGGGUUCGAUGAUUUUGGAUGCCCUGGAGGGGUUUUGUGAUGGAGGAUCGGUUUCCACGUCGGACGUAGGUGGGUUAAGGAGGGUGUGUGUGGUAUUGUUGGAGGAAUUGAUGAGGGCUAACGUGGAGAUUGGGGCGGAGGUUAAGGAGCGGGCGAGGGCCAUGGCAGCCGACUGGAAGGUGAAAAUAGAGGCCAAUAGCGGUGACGGGGAAGAGCGGGAUGAGGAGGAAACUGGUUUGGUGAAGCUGGGCUAUUUGCAGCUCUUGGCUACUUAUGGCUUGGUAAGUGCUGGUGGAUAUGACGUAAAUGAGCUAAUCGAUUAUGCUGUUGUGAUUGCAAGAUAUCGACAAGUUGUUGACUUGUGUCAAGCUCUUGGCCUUGGCAAUAGGAUUUCUGAUGUUAUUCAGAAACUCAUCAGCAAGGGCAAACAACUUCUGGCUCUCAAAUUCAUUUUUGAAUUUGAGCUGACUGAUGAGUUUCCUCCAGUGCCAUUAUUAAAAGCCUAUGUGAUAGAUUCAAAGGAAAAUGUUCAGAAAAUUCGCAAGAGUGGAAAGAGCUCUCGUCAGUCUUUGAACGAGGCUGUGAUGAAAGAAAUCAGUGCAUUGAAGUCGGUGAUUAAAUGCAUUGAUGAUCAUGGUCUAGAGUCACAGUAUCCAAAACAUAUCCUUGUAACUCGUAUUGAGAAGCUGGAGAAGGAGAAGGCUGACAAGAAACGCCCUGCAACAGCCACCGUGCCCAAACCUCCUCAGCAGGCAAAGCAACAAAAGCAGAGGGGAAACAAGCGAGUGAAGGAAUUUACUGGUCCAUUGGCAGUCAAAAAUAAAAAUCGUUCUAAACCAGUUGUUUUUCCAUCACAACCAUCUCACGUGCAGACAGUAGGCUUGUUGCCGGAUAAUGCUGCUCUGUACAGCAGUUCUCCUGCCUACGGCAGGGCAGGUCCCCACGUGGCUGCUGACAUGUAUGCUGGCUCAUCUGCUGGCUUGCAUGGGUUUCCGGGAGCCCCCAUGGGGUUUUCUGGGAACGUCAAUCAAACUGUAACCAAUGCUUAUCCAUCAGAACGACAAGGGCAACCUAGUUACUAUGACGCUGCAAUUGGUUAUGGUGGAUAUGUCAUACCACCUCAAUACCAUCCAGGUUACUAUCCACAGUAGUAUGUGGUUCUGCAAAUUUUGGAUGGUUUCCUUGCAUGUCUGAUUGUAGACAGCCAUUAUCAGAAGGCAUGACAUGCUUUUUGAUUACUGCAAUUUUGGCACAGUAUGCUAUAUCUCUGUCUUUCCUAUGUUUAUUAAUAUGUGGGAUUCCUGUGACGUGUUUCAACCAGCCUCAUGGUUUAGAUCAAUCAAUUGGGAUUCAUCAUGACAUGUCUCAUGAUAAUCAGUCACUCUAGAGCUUUUUCAGAACAGCUAGGAACUUUUUCAAAUUGGGAAGUUUUUCUUUUCG